UUCGCGGGCGAGGCAGCAGGACUCGCGCGGUGUAGUGAGCGCGCGGUCAGAAACGCUUCAGCGCAGCUUCAGUCGGCGCGGCGGAGGGGCAGCGCGCGGGCAACGUGACAGUUGAAGAACUGCACGAGACAGGCUUGGAAAGCGGCGCGUGGGUGUGUUCGGAGCGCGUGGCGAAGCUGAGGCGGGAGCACCGCAUCGCGCGAGCAUGGAGGGAGAAGAGCACGUGCCAGAUGACCUCACCCCUGAGGAGAAGCAGGAGCUGGAGAACAUCCGGAGGCGCAAGCUGGAGCUAUUAGAAGAUAUUCAGCGUCUCAAGGAUGAGAUAGCAGAGGUGACCAGUGAGAUUGAGAACCUGGGUUCCACUGAAGAGAGGAAGAACAUGCAGAGGAACAAACAGGUGGCCAUGGGCCGGAAGAAAUUCAACAUGGACCCGAAAAAGGGCAUCCAGUUCCUUAUUGAGAACGAACUGCUGAAAAACACACGUGAGGACAUUGCUCAGUUCCUGUACAAGGGGGAGGGGCUUAACAAGACAGCCAUUGGUGACUACCUGGGGGAGAGGGAUGAGUUCAACAUUCUUGUUCUCCACGCCUUUGUGGAGUUGCAUGAAUUCACAGACCUAAACCUGGUACAGGCCCUCAGACAAUUUUUGUGGAGUUUCCGACUGCCAGGAGAAGCACAGAAAAUCGACCGUAUGAUGGAAGCCUUUGCACAGCGCUACUGCCAGUGUAAUCCUGGAGUCUUCCAGUCCACAGACACGUGCUACAUCCUGUCCUUUGCCAUCAUCAUGCUGAACACCAGCCUCCACAAUCCCAAUGUGAAGGACAAGCCCACACUGGAACGCUUCAUCUCCAUGAACCGAGGCAUAAACGACGGGGGCGACCUGCCUGAUGAAUUACUGCGGAACCUCUACGACAGCAUCAAAAACGAACCCUUUAAAAUCCCUGAGGAUGACGGCAAUGAUCUAACGCACACAUUCUUCAACCCUGACCGGGAGGGCUGGCUACUCAAACUGGGAGGUGGCCGCGUGAAAACGUGGAAAAGAAGAUGGUUCAUCCUGACAGACAACUGCCUCUAUUACUUCGAGUACACCACGGACAAGGAGCCCAGAGGAAUCAUUCCGCUGGAGAAUCUCAGUAUUCGGGAGGUGGAGGACAAGAAGCCUAACUGCUUCGAGCUCUUCAUCCCAGACAACAAAGAUCAAGUGAUCAAGGCCUGUAAAACCGAGGCUGAUGGACGUGUGGUAGAGGGCAAUCACACCUUCUACCGCAUCUCUGCCCCAACUGCGGAAGAGAAGGAUGAAUGGAUCAACAGCAUUAAGGCUGCCAUCAGCAGAGACCCCUUCUAUGAAAUGUUAGCUGCCCGCAAGAAGAAGGUCUCCUCCAUGAAGAGGCACUAGACUGGACCCUGCACUUGACCGAUCUGAGCUGAGUGUAUCUCUCCUGGAUUGAAGCACUGGAAGAAGAUUAGCGCAGCGCGGGUGCUGCGGCCUCACUGGGAGGCCUUCUCUCCCCCGCCCCCUUCUCUUGUGCCUCUCACAUUGGACUCACCUGCCUCUCUGCUCUGUCCUGGACAUCCCUGGUGGGUCCUGUGCCCCUCUGCACCCUCAGUGCACAAAGGAGCUUAAUCCAAAAGAGUGACAUUACUCAGUUGAUCAAACCAAAUAAGUAUGGUCUCUAGCACGCGCGCACACACGUUUCUAUGAACUCAGCAGGUCUGAUGAAAUGUGACAAACUGCACCAGAACUGACAAACGGAACCAAGCGCAUAUAUUUCAUUGGUUAUAGAUACACAGGGAAUAUGCAUUUAUUUUUACAGCAAACACUGUAUAUGGUUUUUUGGUUGGUUAGAUUGGUUUAGAAAA